AUGAACACACCCUCAACUAUUCUCGACGCUAUACCAAGACGCCUUCAUCUGCAACCAGAUCACCCUCUGACCAUCACGCGAAAACUCAUCGAAUCACGCUUUCCGGGUUACAAGACCCAUAACGCCCUUUUUCCUAUUGUCACCACCGGUCAAAAUUUCGAUUCUCUCGGCUUUCCAUUAGAUCACAUAGGUCGAAGCAGGACGGACACGUACUACAUAAACAAGGAAACCGUACUACGAACACACACCUCGGCUCAUCAAGCCGAUACUUUCCGCAACAAUGAGAGCGAGGGCUAUCUCAUCAGUGCUGACGUAUACCGACGAGAUGCCAUCGACAGAAGCCACUAUCCUGUUUUCCAUCAGAUGGAGGGAGCCAGGACUUGGGACCGUCAGCAAGCAGAAAAAGAAGGCAAGACACUUGCGCAGGUCAUCUGGGAUGAUGUGGAGAAGAUUCCCAAGCACGAUGUUGCAGUCGAAGACCCAAACCCUCCAUUCCACGCCGAGCGUAACCCACUUCAAACAGGACAUUCGGCAGAAGAAGCAGAAGCCAUGGCUGCACACCUGAAACGAAGUCUUGAGGAUAUGGUGGUCACGAUCUUUAAUGCUGCAAAGGGUGCUGCAGAUACUGCCACGUCAGACGAGCCACUAAAGGUACGCUGGGUGGAGGCCUACUUCCCCUUCACAUCACCCUCUUGGGAACUGGAAGUCUUUUGGCAAGGCGAUUGGCUCGAAGUGCUCGGCUGCGGCAUCGUGUCACAACCCAUCCUGAACAAUGCCUCGGUUCCCAAUCGUAUAGGGUGGGCUUUUGGCAUAGGUCUCGAACGUAUCGCCAUGUUGCUUUACUCCAUCCCGGACAUACGUCUGUUUUGGUCAAGGGACUCUCGCUUCUUAUCGCAGUUCAGCGAGCAGAAAGCCAUCCGUCGAUUCGAGCCUUUUAGCAAACACCCUGCAUGUUUCAAGGACGUGAGUUUCUGGUUGAAAAGUAGCUCGAAUGCCGCUGGUGGCGCCGCAGCUAUUCAUCCGCUUGCAGGAGGCAGUUCAUCCACGACAUCCCCCACCCCAUCCUCUGCUCCUACAACCCCAUCUGGCACGCCAAUCCCACCAGCAGCCCCGGCGCCAUCAUCCUCCAGCUUCCACGAGAACGAUGUGAUGGAGAUCGCGCGAGAGGUCUGCGGUGAUCUUGUAGAGGAUGUGCGCCUAACGGAUGAAUUCGUGCAUCCAAAGACUGGGCGCAAGAGCAUGUGCUACCGCCUCAACUACCGCAGCUUGGAACGCACACUCACGAACAAGGAGACUAAUGAGCUGCAUGAGCGGAUGAAAGGCAUGCUUGUGGAGAGGCUGGGCGUUGAACUAAGGUAG